AUGGCCACGGACGUGGGAGUUGCUGAGGUCCAGCAGGACAAACUGAAGCCGAGUCUCUGCCGCGAUGACCUACUUAGGCUUCCCUGUCUGCCGCCCCCGCGCCUUCGCAUCCGGCCGUGGUGGUUUCCAGUACAGGAACUGGACGACCCCUUGGUGUUCUACGUAGAGGCCUGGCUGGCGGAUGCAAUCUUUGGGAAAGACCGAGCUGUGAUUCCGGAAAUGGAGUGGAUGAGCCAGGUCCUGCUGAGUGUGGACACCCUAGAUGCCGGGAGCUUAGCGGAGAUCACAAUCUACGGGCGGCCACGUGUGCAGAACCGGGUGAAGAGCAUCCUCCUGAGCCAGGCAUCCUGGCUCCGGGAAUACCGCGCGGGGCGAGCUGAGAAGAUGAAACAGCUGGAGGAGUUUCUGAAGACUCGCUCUUCAGGGACAGAUGCCCCCCCUGCAACAAGCUCCUUAUACAAGACUAGCAUCUGGUGCUAA